AAUCAUCUAAUUAAAGAAAACAUUUUUUUUCAUAAGCGUCUACAAGUCUGAUAAAAGUUAAAAAAAACUUGAAAUCAAAAUCACGAUGUCCUGCGGAACCAAAAAAUGUUCCGUCAAAACUUGCCGUUGCGCGUGCAAAUGGAACUGCAAUUGUGUAAUUCCACGGGCGAAAAAAAUUUAUCCGGCUUUCGGCAGCACCGCGAAACGAGAUGCGCAAAUAGGGUUGCAUCCAAAAAUGUAUAGAGGUUUAGCAGUAUCGCCGGCGGUAGGAUUGUACCAUCCGAAAUUUUCUUUUAAAUAUCCAAGUGUAAGGUAUAUAUCGCGAAUAUUUGUAAAUCUCUUCGUGAAUAAAAAUCGAUUGAAGGUGUGCAGGAAGUGCAAUUUUUCCUCCUGUUUUUUUAAAAAUUAGUUGGAAGAGGCAGAUGGAGACGAAAGAAUUCUCAUCGACCAUGGGUGGAAGAUACGAGGGAAAAGUGAAGGAGCAAAGGGAACAGUUGAAAAUGGGUCGUGGUCCGGGAACCCACGAGAUCCUUCAAUGGCCGGACGACGUGCUGCAAAAACCUUGCAAGACAACGAGAAGAAACGUUGGAUUUGGCGGAAUUGUUCCUCUUUUCCAACCUUCUUGGCCGUCCCUCACUCCAGGACCAGGCGAAUGAUUCAACAAAUUAAUCUUCUUCCACUGCGGCGUCCCACUUCGAUCAAUUUUUAGUAACAUUUCUUUGCUCCUUGUUUCAGGAUACUCAAAGUAUUAUCCUUAUUAUUACAUGGACAAGAGGGAACGCGAGGGCCACUCCUGCGUUCCAACGUUCGAGUACGAUGGUUUGAAACCGAGGUCCAAGAUCGAAGUUAAACCUUGGUCACUGCCCUGCAUCUUAUACAACGUGAAGGAUUCGAGGACGUUGGAAGCUUUUUUAAAGAAAGUCGUUGGAAAAAGGGGUCCCUACGAUUUGUUCACAGGGCCAAGAGACGAAACCACGAUCAAAAAUUACUUCGCAAAACCGAAAAUAAAAUUCGACAACUGGCCCAAAUCGAUCCCUGCCGAAAUGGACAAAUUAAAGAAGAAAUCGAAUUAUUACAAGGGACGUUGGGGCACUUGUCCAAGAUUUCUGAAGGCAUCGGGGAUAAGGACGAUGUUGAAAGACAUAGCGUUGUGCUACAAGGAUCCAAAGGAUCCGGGACCCGGCUAUUACGAUCCCAAGUCUCCUAGGAAGCCGAAGAACAUGAAGAAUUAUCCGUUCAACAUGAACACCGAAUUCAUCAGACCCCCUCCGUCGUCGGAAAUUCGGCCUGGGCCAGGAAGAUACACGAUCGAGAAGAAGAAGGUUAUAGAAGGACACGGAUGGACAUACGUCUUCAAGAGCAAAGCUCCGCGAACCAAAUUUAUUUACAUCCCCUCCUACAGUUAUUUCUAAUUUUUCCCCCUUUCUUCGUUUCAAUUUGUUUUUUAUUAAAAUACCAUAAAAUUCGUUAGCAAAAUAAAAUAUUGAAUUUCGAGGGAUGGCUCACUUUGUAAUCCUCGCUCGGUCGAUAAGUAACCGGAAGCUUCAAGAUAGAUCCGGUUUCGAUCGUCCUUCCAGGAGGCACGAAAAAUGGUCCAAACGGAUUCAACACGCUCACCUCUACCUUCACGCAACUAUUUGGAAAAUGGGAAAAUUUCCAUCUUGCUAAAUGUUCCUUCUUUCUCUCUCUCUCUUUUUUUCUUUCUUUCUUUCUUUCUUUUUUUUUUCUUUCUUUCUCUUAAUUCUUAUUCGCAAUACUCACUGAGUGGAAAUAUUUUUAACGAAGAGAAAUUUUCUGCAAGACAUUCCAAUCGCUGUCGGCUCGAAUUCUAUCACCCGAUCCCCGUUUAAAACAACGAUUUCGGGUUUAAUGAUCGGGCAUAUCAAUUUUGCGAAUAAUCGUUCAUCGUGCUGUGCCCCGAUCUUCGUCUCUAUGUUGAUCAUGCACGUUACGAAAAUCGUGGAAACGCAAGGUUCGAAGGCUUCCAAUAAACUGAUUUCACCGGCCGACAUAUCGACGUCAGAUUCCUCUAUUACUUUCUUUUUUUCUUUUUUCGCUUUUGAAAUAUUAAGA